GUGUCAGACUGUCAGAGUAUCUGCUACUAUGAAACUUUCCGUCUUGUGAGUCGCGAUAUGUGAAUUCAAUCGACUGUCGUUAAUUUAUUUUAUUUAAUUACUGUACUAAAAUUUAAAAAUAUUUUUCUUCACUUUUAAAAAACAAAUCAUUCAUUAUUCAAUAAAAGACAAAUGUUGAAUUUGGCAGUCAAAUAAUUAACAAUUUAUAAUCAUGUCAAUAAGUGAACUCCCUUGUGUUUACAUAUAUAGUUGUUGUGAUGAUGAUCCGUUGAAAACAAUUAAAUUAAUGAGGAAUGAAGAAAAUAUUGAAAUUUGUAACAAUGAAGGAAAUAUUUUAUCGAACCGUUGGACAAUUGACUGCAAAUAUUACACCGCUGAUAUAAAUUUGUGUACCUCCAUCAGUUUAAAUGAACUCUCUGAUCAAUUUAUACACAACAUAAAUGCUAUAAUUAUUCUUUUCAGCAUUGAUAAAAGCAAUAUUAUAGAAACUAUGAAUAAAUGCUUACCUUUAGUUAAGAGAAGUCAAGCUGAGGUUUUGAUACUGUUGAGUGAAAAAAACAUAGAUGGUGAUUCGUCCAAUAAUGCUACUAACAUAUUUGAAUGGUGCCAAAAACACCAUUUUGAAUUAAUUGUGCUGGAAGAAAUUGCUGAUGAAAUGGAUACAACUGGAAUUGAACGUGUUAAACAAGCCCUUUAUGCACAUCAUUGGCCAAAUCUUAAAGCCAAAUGUCAAAUAACAAAUCCUAGUACAAAGUCAAUAAUCGAAGAUAGUGUAAUAAACUCGCAAUUAAGUGGCGGAUUAUCGGAUUUAAAAAUGGAUACAGAGCAAGAAGCUGAGUUGGAUAGCGAUUUAUUUACUGAGAUGUUUGAAGGAGAUUUUAAUUUUUUCAAGACUAUUGACAAGGUAAGAAAGUUAAAAGAACAAAUUUCUGCAAUGCCCGAUGAAGAAAGAAAAGAUGCUGCUGAAAAGACAUUAACAGAAUGUUGGAAAGCAUUUUUUGGAGAUGAUGUAGACCUAUAAGUAUUAAUUAUUACAAUAGUGAAAUUCAAAGUAUUAUGAAAUCAAUUAAAUAUAUUCCAUGUACAUUAUAGCAUCAUAAAAAUUAUCAAUAUAAUUUAUUUGUUUAAUCUAC